GAUAUGUUCUGAAAGAUGCUGAUAAAAAGUCACUGGAGGGGCAGGGCAGUCCCAAGUUUUUGCCUUUCAGAAGUAGUCUAACUGGAAACCUUUCUCUUUCUUGAGAAGGAAGCCAGCACCAACACCUACACCAGCUUCUACAAAGCCCAGAUGACCCGCUGACCAAAGUUCCUUAUUUUCUUGCUAUUGGCUGAUACCGUUCAUAAAAUAUAAUUUGCUGUUUCACUUUCUUUUAAAUGAGCACGCUGAAAUACUUGGAGGAAGAAGGCAGGAGAGAGAGAGGAGACAGAAGACGAGGCAGCUGAAAGGCAGAAACCUUCAGGCAUUUUGACUGUUUCUGUGGACUAGCUUCUCCUAGGAUGUGCACAUAAAAAGCCAAUGACUCUUUUGAUAAGAGUGAAGAAAAAAAAAUGUCCUUGCUUCCAUUCACCUUCAGGCCAGAAAUGGAACCAAAUGACACCUUCAGCAAUAACAACAGCAAUGGGAACUGCACAAUUGAAAACUUCAAGAGAGAAUUUUAUCCGAUCGUAUACCUGAUUAUAUUUAUAUGGGGAGCCUUGGGAAAUGGCUUUUCCAUAUAUGUUUUUCUUCAGCCUUACAAGAGGUCCACCUCUGUCAAUGUUUUCAUGCUAAACCUGGCCAUUUCAGAUCUCCUGUUCAUAAGCACACUACCUUUCAGGGCUGACUAUUACCUCAGAGGCUCUAAUUGGAUAUUUGGGGACCUGACCUGCAGGAUCAUGUCUUAUUCCUUGUAUGUCAACAUGUAUGGCAGCAUUUAUUUCUUGACUGUGCUGAGCAUUGUGCGUUUUCUGGCAACUGUCCACCCUUUCAGACACCUCCAUGUUGCCAGUAUCAAGAGUGCCUGGAUCCUGUGUGGGAGCAUAUGGAUCUUUAUCAUGGCUUCUUCAGUGAUGCUUCUGAAAAGCGGUUCUGAGCCCAAGGGCAACAUGACAGCAUGCUUAGAGCUGAAUCCCAAGAAAAUUACUAAACUGCUGAUCAUGAACCACAUUGCGUUGGUGGUGGGUUUCCUGCUGCCCUUCUGCACACUCAGUAUCUGUUACCUGCUGAUCAUUAGAGUUCUGUUAAAAGUGGAGGUGCCAGAAUCAGGGCUGCGGGUUUCUCACAGGAAGGCCCUGAUCACUGUCAUCAUUGCCUUGAUCUUAUUCCUCUUGUGUUUCCUGCCCUAUCACAUACUUAGGACCCUCCAUCUGGUCACAUGGGAAUUCGGUAAAUGCAAAAAGAACCUGCAGAAAGCUGUCGUCAUCACCCUAGCCUUGGCAGCCUCCAAUAGCUGCCUCAAUCCUUUCCUCUAUUACUUUGCCGGGGAGAACUUUAAAGACAGGUUACGAUCUGCAUUCAGAAAAGGUCAUCCACAGAAGGCGAAGACAAAAGGCAACUUUGCUAUUUGUGUGCAGUCAAAAAAGAAAGUAAGAAUGGAAGGGGUUAUUAGGUGAGGCUUAUUCUAUAUCCUUGCAGCCACCUCCAUUAGUUCAGUUUCCAAGUGUCUUACAUGUAUACUGUUCCCAUCAAAGGUCCAUUCCCAAUCUUUACUAGACCAUGGGUCUUAUUAAUAGGACCUACUUUAGUAAUUUCAUUAGGUGUAUUUUCCGUAGUUGAGCUUAAAUGAGAGAUGUGGGAAGAAAACUCCCUACUAGAAUCUUACACACCAAAAUAACAGAUUGGGAAAAAAUGCCAAGCACAGUGGGUCUUUUCUUUUUGUUUUGUUUUCUGGGAAAGCGUUCAUUUACAUCAUUAGAUUCUAUACCAGAUUUGGCCCAUCAGCUAUUCUAAAUUCUUAACUUUCAGGUAGCCCAAAUUCUCCAACUUUCCCAGCCCCCCCCCCUU